CUCUGUAGUCCCAUUCAUGAACGCGGUGAUCACAUUCUACAGUUGUCGAGAGUUGGGGGAACGGAUAUAAAUAGAACCCCACACUUACUUAAGACCCAUUUCUCAAUAGUAUACAAACAUUUUGUUGAGAGCUGCGGUUGUGCCCGGUGCGUCCCAAUGGAGAACCACACACUACUCGGACUGACGACUGCAGCCUUUGGACUGCUCGUAUACCUUGUUCAACCUGAGCCGCUACGAUCUAUGGUGUUAACGAACGAAAUCACUUCAAUUGUUUUCUAUGUUGCUAUUGUGGCACUAACUCUUGCAUUCAUGAGGAAGGCUCCCGAGGAACAUGUAGGCAGCAAUGGAAAGGCAGUGUUCAUCACAGGGUGUGACAGCGGCUUCGGCUACAACCUGGCAGUGAGGCUGGACAAACUAGGCUUCACUGUGUUCGCCGGAUGUCUGAUGCCCGACCGAGAGGGUGCACGGCAGUUGGAUGAGGAGACGUCGGACAAACUUCACAUCGUAAAGGUUGACGUCACUGACGACUGGCAGGUGCGCGGAGCCCUGAAAUACGUCAAAGAAAACCUUAAAGACAAUGUGUUAUGGGCCCUAGUGAACAAUGCAGGUAUCGCCGUGUUCACGGAGAUCGAGUGGUGUUCUGUCGACCAGUUCCAAAGGGUCAUGGACGUAAAUGUGUUUGGCGUUGUGAGAGUAACCAAAGCGUUCCUACCUUUAAUACGCCCGUCUAGAGGACGAGUCAUCAAUGUGGCCAGUUUGGCAGGUCGCUUCACUCUCCCCGCGUUCUCUGCCUACUCCAUGUCCAAGAAGGCCUGUAUUGCCUUUUCGGAUGGUCUGCGUCUGGAGAUGGCAAAGUUUGACGUCAGCGUGAUCACCAUCGAACCAGGCUUGUACAGAACGCCGAUUUCAAGUGAGAACUAUUUGAUUGACAUGAACCGGAAGUCGUGGGCAGAAACCCCCAAAGAGGUGAAAAAUGACUACGGAGAAGAAUAUUUCGACGCCUUUUUGGAGAACAUCACACAGCAGAUGAAACGGGCGCGACCCAACACCAAUGAGGUCGUGGAUCUCAUGGUUAAAGCUGUUACCACCUCCAAACCCAAACAACGCUAUGUCCCCUAUUGGAAGUCAGAUGUGCGCGCGCAUAUUUUGAUGUCACUUCCGGCUUCCAUUACUGACAAACUAUUCAAAGCAUACACAGUUAAAGUUGAGGUCGAGUCUAAGCGGAGAGCAUCAGACAGGGACAAGUCUAACGGAACACCAUCACCAAAGGAUAAGUGAAGACAGUUCAAGCUAUAGAUCGUUUUGCUAAGAUGCCCACAGGUGGCUGUCCAUUGCAGGCAGUGCGUCUGUUCUGACGGGAACUAAUGACACUGAUUGACAUUAAUACCUCAUCGAAGUGUAAGGCAAUCAGAGGCAAGUCUCCCUCUAACAUGUGACAGCGUUCACACAUUGAAUAGCUAUGGUGCAUCUUGCAUGGUGCAUUUAAUCGACAUGAUUGAAGAUGUGGGUGGCACUUGAGAUAUCUAUGAUUGUUUCUACUUUGCAGAAUAUUGUCGAAAGAAAAUCUAUAUGGUUACCUGAUGGAUGUUUUCCAAUGAAAGAGCUAUGAGAUAUUGUAUUGCUACUCUAAAACGUUCAUCAUUGUCAAUUGUGUUAAAGACAAUGUUUUGACAUAUUGAUCCACUUUAAGUGCAGACGUCUGUCGUGUGAAUUUGCUGCAUUGAUCUCUAUUCCAACACUAAAUAUUUGAGAAAUUAAUUAGGAACGUAUGUAUGAUGAAAUAUUACUAAAAGCCAUGCUUAGACACAAAGGAAUAGGUAUCGAUCGUUUUGCUACAUCAAUGUUUUUAGAAUGCGCGUCAUUGGUACUAAUAAUGCCAAAUAUGCCAGCAAGUUUGAAACAUAACCCUCUUGUAAAUAAGCCUAUCAUAGUUAUCUCCCUUUAUUAGAUACAGUUAUAUUGCCUGUUACCCUGAGGGGCGACCAGUAUUUAGUGCCUAUCGUUUACCAACUAGACAUGACCAUUAUUUUAUCAUUGUAAUAUUAUCCAUUUGUCUGUUGUUAUUCUUGAAUAGAUUUAUAAAAAAAUUGUAACGAUACAAUAAAUUUCUGCAUGGAAAUACAAGGGUUCCUCCAUAGCAGAUCUUAUAAGUCGAAUAAGCCUCGAGACUUAUUCUUCUUUACGAUUGAUCUGAUCAUCCAUACAAGUAUAUACGACUUCUCUAUCUCGAAAUCAAAUAUACUCGAAGAAAUCCGAAGUCUAAAAAAUACAGCCGCGUUAUUAUAUUGCUAAUGUUUUAUCAAUCCGGUCGUUUUGAGCGCCAUGGUAUCUACUUCCUGUACUAACGAGGGUACGCUCAUUUUCUGUGAUGGUUUUCUGACAUUGCUGCGAUCGAAAAUGCAGAAUCGAGGAAAAC